CGAGAUCGCCUAUAAAUAGCGAGGCUGGUGGCCGGGCAGGGAAAAAAAAAAAGCCGGGCAGCGGAGCGCUCAAAGGAGAAAGAAAGCCUUUGGGUUUCCGAGCGCGUCUCUGUCUGUCUCUCUCCAGAGCCGUCUAAAAAUAUAGAUGUCUCUAAAUAAUCCACGUCGCUUCUCUUAAUUGCUUCUGGGGGAAAAAAGAGGAUCGCCACCAGCUCAAACCGUCCAACUAAAACAGAGAGCUGGGUGGGAACGGGGAGAAAAAAAAACAUCGCUUCUUCUGUUACCAAAGGGUUCAAUAAAAGCGUUGAGCGCUUUUCUGCCGAGAGCGCAAGAGGUCUCCAGAAGACAAGGGGUAUCUUCAAAGAGCAUUUCCACACCCAAACAUGUUCCUGACCAGCUGCUUAGUUGUGUUGGUAUUUAUGCUCCCUGCUGUACACAUGGGAGCGGCCUCGUCCUGUCCUGACCUGGAUCCAGAGCUGGAACUCUGGAACCCUGGGCAUGACGAAGAUAACCAGGUGAACAUCAGCCGAGGCCGAAAGCUCCUCUUAUCGUCUUCUGCCACGGUCCAUUCCAUCAACAUCACGAAUGGAGGAAAGCUAGUGAUUAAAGACAACACAGGCCCUAUUGUUUUGCGCACUCGACAUAUUUUGAUCGAAAAUGAUGGAGAGCUUCAUGUCGGGAGUGAGAGCUGUCCUUUCCGGAGCAACCUGACAAUCAUCUUGUAUGGGCGUGCUGAUGAUGGCAGCCAACCAGACAGUUACUUUGGAAAGAAGUAUAUUGGGGUGAUCGAUAAUGGGACUCUUGAGGUGCAUGGUGAGAGAAAGCUAUCGUGGACUUUCCUAAACAAGACCCUGAACCCAGGUGGCAUGCAAGAAGGAGGCUACUACUUUGAACGAAGCUGGGGACAUCGUGGUGUUAUUGUCCAUGUCAUUGACCCGAACACAGGGACAGUUGUCCAUUCUGAUCGGUUUGACACCUACAAACUCAAAGGUGAAAGCAUCAGACUCGUCCGGUAUUUGAAUGCAGUUCACAACGGCAUGAUCCUGGCAGUUGCGGUCAAUGAUGAAGGAUCCAAAAAUUUGGAUGAUUCAGCCAGGAAAGCAAUGACCAGACUGGGCAGCAAGCAUUUCCUCCACCUUGGUUUUAGGCAUCCUUGGAGCUUUAUUACAGUAAAGGGGAACCCUUCCUCUUCUGUUGAAGACCACAUAGAGUACCAAGGACACCGAGGCUCAGCCAUUGCCAAGGUAUUCAAACUCUUCCAAGCAGACAACGGAGAGCAUUUCAAUGUCUCUUCAACCAGUGAGUGGGUUCAAGAUGUGGAAUGGACAGAAUGGUUUGACAAGCCUGAAAAAGCAAAAUCCAAAGACGGAGAGCGACUUUCAGAUUUUCGGGCUGCUCACCCCGAAGUCUGUGAUCACCCCAUUGACAUCCAGGCAGUCACACUCGAUGGAGUGAAUCUGACAACUGAGGUUCACUACAAAAGUGGCCGAGAUUAUAGGUUUUUCUGCCGUGGCCCAGGACAGACUCCCGGAGGCUGCCGUAACUACAGAGUGCGCUUCUUAUGUGGCAAGCCCGUGAGACCCAAGCUUACAGUCAUGGUUGACACCAAUGUAAACAGCACCAUCUUGAGACUGGCUGAUAAUGCGCAGUCAUGGAAGGUUGGAGACAAGAUAGUUGUGGCCAGUACAGAUUAUUCCAUGUAUCAAGCCGAAGAAUUCCAGAUCUUGCCCUGCAGAGCCUGUGGACCCCAUGAAGUCAAAGUGGCGGGGAAAGCAAACUACCUUCACACGGGAGAGGUGAUCGAUGGAGUGGACAUGAGAGCAGAAGUAGGCUUGCUAAGUCGCAACAUUCUCGUGAUGGGAGAGAUGGCCAAGGAAUGCUACAAUUACAACAGUGAUCUGUGUUCCUUCUUUGAUUUUGACACCUUUGGAGGCCAUAUCAAGCUUGGCCUUGGAUUCAAGGCUGUCCACAUGGAAGGGAUUGAACUGAAGCACAUGGGCCAGCAGUCACUGGGACACUACCCAAUCCACUUCCACAUGUCCGGAGAUGUGGAUGAGAAGGGCGGCUAUCACCCUCCUACCUACGUGAAGGACAUCUCCAUCCACCAUGCCUUUUCUCGCUGCGUCACCAUCCAUGGCUCCAAUGGUCUGCUGGUCAAGGAUGUUGUUGGGUACGACACGCUGGGACACUGCUUUUUUACCGAAGAUGGCCCUGAGGUACGCAACACUUUUGAUCACUGCCUUGGACUCUUGGUGAAACCGAGCACGUUGCUGCCCUCUGACCGAGACACAAGGAUGUGCAAGACAAUUACAGAAGGAGCUUACCCAGGAUACAUCCCCAAACCUAGACAGGACUGCAAUGCAGUCUCUACCUUCUGGCUGGCCAACCCACACAACAACCUUAUAAACUGUGCAGCUGCAGGAUCCGAAGAAACCGGGUUUUGGUUUGUUUUGCAUCACGUACCGACGGGACUCUCUGCAGGAAUGUAUCCCCCUGGCUACUCCGAGCACAUUCCAAUGGGGACGUUCUAUAACAAUCGGGCACAUUCGAACUACCGAGCUGGAAUGAUCAUUGACAAUGGAGUUAAAACGACGCCAGCGUCUGCCAAGGACAAAAGGCCCAUCCUGACUCUGAUCGCGGGGAGAUACAGCCCGCAUAAGGACGCUGACCCUCUGAAGCCCAGAGAACCUGCUCUCAUCCGACACUUCAUUGCUUACAAGAACCAGGACCACGGCGCCUGGCUGAGGGGAGGAGAUGUGUGGCUGGACGACUGCCAGUUUGCUGAUAAUGGCAUCGGGCUCACUUUGGCCAGUGGUGGAACAUUCCCACAUGACGACGGAUCAAAGCAAGAGAUUAAGAACAGCCUCUUUGUAGGUGAAAGUGGAAACCCGGGGACAGAAACAAUGGACAACAAUGUCUGGGGACCUGGGGGCCUGGACCACAGCGGGCGGACUCUUCCCAUUGGCCAGAAUUUCCCAAUUAGAGGCAUUCAGUUUUACGAUGGACCCAUCAAUGUCCAGAACUGCACCUUCCGAAAGUUUGCCGCGUUGGAAGGCCGUCACACCAGCGCUUUGGCGUUCCGCCUGAACAACGUUUGGCAGAGCUGCCCCAACAACAAUGUCACAAACAUAUUCUUUGAGGACGUCCCGAUAACCUCUCGAGUGUUUUUCGGAGAACCAGGACCUUGGUUCAAUGGGCUGGAUAUGGAUGGGGAUAAAACAUCUGUUUUCCAUGAUGUUGACGGCUCUGUAUCUGAAUAUCCUGGGUCGUAUCUUAUAAAGGAAGAUAACUGGCUGAUUAGGCACCCAGACUGUAUUGAUGUCCCUGACUGGAGGGGUUCUAUCUGUAGUGGUCGAUAUGCACAGGUGUACAUCCAAGCCUACAAAUCAGCCAACCUGAGAAUGAAAAUAAUAAAAAACGACCAUUACGGACAUCCUCUGUACUUGGAGGGGGCUCUGAGUAAGAGUGCCCACUACCAGCAAUAUCAGCCUGUGAUCACUCUACAAAAGGGCUACACCAUCCAUUGGGACAGGACGGCUCCCGAGGAACUGGCUAUCUGGCUCAUUAACUUCAACAAGAAUGAUUGGAUCCAAGUUGGGCUUUGCUAUCCUAAAGGGACGACAUUUUCCAUUCUCUCCGACAUCCACGAUCGCCUUUUGAAGAAAACCAGCAAAACAGGGACAUUCUACCAGGCUCAUGAGAUGGACAAGCUUGAGUAUCGAUAUGCUUCCAAGGGAUACUACUAUUGGGAUGAGGACACUGGGUUGCUGUUUCUCAAGUUAAAGGCUCAGCACGAAAAGGAGCCAUUUGCCUUCUGCUCCGUCAGAGGUUGCGAGCGAAUCAGGAUCAAAGCCAACAUCCCCAGGAAAGCAGGGUCCAGCGACUGCCAAGCGAGAGCCUACCCCAAAUAUGAGGAGCAACCUUCGGUGGAUGUGCCAAUGCCCAAAAAGUUGCCAAGCACACACCUGAACAAGGACCAUUUUGUAGAACUGAAGCUGGACAGCUACAAGACCAAAUACUUCCAUCUCAGGGAUGAUUUUGCGUAUAUCUCAGUUGACGGCAGGAAGUUUUAUCUCUCCGAAGAUGGUAUCCAAGUAGUUGUGAUCAAUGGGCAUGAUGGGAGAGUUGUUGACCGGAUGAGUUUCAAAAACUCAGUUCUACAAGGAAUCCCAGCACAGAUGAUCAACUAUGUCCAUAACAUUCGGGAAAAUUCUAUAGUGGUGAUGACAUCUAAAGGAAGGUUCGUUUCAAGAGGUCCGUGGACUACCGUCCUGGAGAAACUUGGAGCACAGAGGGGCUUUAAAUUGAAAGAUAAAAUGGGUUUCGUUGGAUAUAAGGGCAGCUUCCGGCCCUUCUGGGUUACGCUGAAGACGGAUGACGAAGCAGUGAGAAUUUUCCAAGCUCUGCCAGUUCCAGUGGUAAAGAAAAUGAAACUGUGAGAAAGUGACCAGCAUUGUAUGUUCCUGCUCAUUAGCACGCCCUCAAUGAAAAUGCAUUGAGGCACAUGGUGUGCUCAAGAUGUAGUAUAUUUUGAUGAUGUACAUAGAAGAAACCUUAUUGUGAAUGGGUUAAAUGGCCACAUCAGGCAACCAACAUUCCGUAGGCAGUCCAGGAUACAGUUAGUAAUAGGUCUGUUCCUCUCACAAGCGUAUUUGUGAUAAGAAAGGUUUGAUUUCACAUCAUGUUGCCUUGGUGUACUGCAAUAGUCUCCUUCGUGUCUGUCCGUAGGAGUCUCAGGUUUUGAAUCAGUAGAAAUGUACAAAGUGUUCCUUCUCCGGUCUCAUCUUUCCGACAUCUACUCAGGAAAAAACAUGCACUUCUAAGUUGAGCUCCUGGCUAUGUAUAUAUGAAAAUGUAAGCAGAAGUCAGUAUCAGACACAAUGGCAAAAACUGAAAAUGCUUUGUUGAUCUCCUCACAAACUUUCUGGUGUGCUGGCGUUCACUGUCAGCAGCACAUUUCAUAAGCACCGACUGAUAUCCUAUCUCUGCCUGUGCAUCAGCGAUUACCUGAAUGCCGCAGUUGUUCAGGCUAUUGCAGAGGUUGCCUGAUCUUCACAAAGAGUCUCUUGUGACAAAGGACCAAAUCACUGUGCCGAAGGACCAGCUUUUGAAGGACAAAUGUUAUCAGUUUCUCAAAGAAAAAAUUGUGCUUGGGCUUCCUGCUACCAGCCACUUUUUUAUUAAUAAAAGCACAUCAAAGUAUGUCCCCUCACCCUGCCAAUAUGUAACUGCUUCAGAAGUGAAGCUGUCACCCAGAAAGUUUUUUUUAAAAAAGAAUUGAAAAGGGAGGAGAAAAUAUUUGUGGGUCAUCAACAAAUUGCCUUCAUUGGGUGCUCUUUUUUAAUUGAGUGACUGAUUGAAGUUUGAAUGGUCUCUACUAGCAACUGACCAUUCACAAUCUGUAAAAUUGCUUUUCAAAGGUUGCAUUGUAGAAAUACUGCUUUCCGAGAGCCUUGGGGAAGGUUGUGUGUUAUGUGUGUGUUCGUCACUCCAAGUAUUCUACCCGAAAUAGCUGGUCCUUUUUCGGAACUAGAUGUAUAGUGUUUUGUAUAUUUUCUUAAAAGCUCCUGCUGAAAAAGAUUUAAUUUUCUAUUAAUUUAUUGCAAAAGGCACAAAGAAGAUUAAAGCUGAAGAGAUAAAUGUUGUUAUGGGGGGGGGGGAAUUGUACAAUAGGGUAAGGUCAUGGAAAUGUUUCUUCAGCUAAUCUGCUUUGCACUUGAAAACUUCAAAGGGCUGCAGAAUGUGGUACUUCCCCUGGCAGCCUGUUUUGUAUGAGGACAAAAACUCUUGGAAUGUUACUUCCAAAUGUUUUCGCUUACAACUUAAUUAACAUUUAGUUGUUUGGAAUACACAUUUAUUGGAAUAAAAUUUCAAUGCAACUCUU